CACAGGAAAACCAGAAUCCAUGUUCAGAGUCAUCUGAUCUUGAGGAAUUGACACAGCAUGGCUAACAAUCCCACAGAAUUCAGAAACAACACUGGAUUUUUAAAAGGCAGCUUUAUUUUUUGUGAUGGAUUUGAAGCAGAUUAAAUUAUAGAAAAGGAUAGGCUAUCAGGUCAUGAUUUGUAUGCUACAGCUGUCCAGUUUGAGUUGACAGACACUCUUUGCAUGGCCUGUGGACUAAAUAAUAAAGACAGAGAAAAACUCUGAGCUGGACAGUAAAAAAUAAAUAAAUAAAUAAAAUUGUAAAAGAGUGUAUGUAGAGGAAAUAAAUGAAUGCAAUAACAACCAAAGCUGAUGGAGUUACUCACUAGAACAAUUAAUUGAGUUCCUUUUAAAACUUUCUAAAAUGAAGGUAUAAAAGGAACCAAGUUGGUUCAUAGACCAGAACCUCACUUCAAAUUGGACUAUUCCUUCCAUAAGCAGGACGUGCGGACAAUCAUGAAAGGUGACCUCUUUUUGGUUUCAAGUAUUAUUGUACUAUUGCAUAUGGUAUGUGGAUGCCCAGAAAACUGCCUAUGCCAUCAAGCUUCAAAGACAGUGGAUUGCAGGAAUCAAGGACUUGUUGAAAUUCCCUCACGCUUACCUCCUGAAACUCUGAUAUUACAGUUGCAGAAUAACCAGAUUUGGAGAAUCAAUCAAAAUGCAUUCAGUGAAACCCCUUUGCUCAAAAUUGUAGACUUGUCAAAUAAUUCUCUUUCAAAUUUGUCAUCGGGUGCUUUCCAGGGACUACAAUACAUACAGGUUCUAAACCUAACCAAGAACCUGAUUCGCUACUUAGACAACAAGACUUUCAGUUCGCUCCCUCAAUUAAAAGAACUGGACCUGUCAUUCAACAAUAUAUUAAAUUUGCCUGAAACUCUAGGAAAUAAUACAGGAAACAUAACUUUAUUGUCGGUUAAGUAUAACAAGCUUCAGAAACUGGACAGAAUUCUGCUGGAAUCCCUUCCAAACCUGAAAGUUGUUCUUUUCAAGAAUAAUCCCUGGCAAUGCACUUGUCAUGUCAUUGGCCUUAAACUGUGGUUGGAAAGCUUUUUAUACAGAGGAGGAAUAAGUGACGGCAUUAUAUGCUCAACACCAGAAAAUCGGAAGGGAAAGGACCUCCUCAAAGUUCCUUAUGAGAUGUAUGGGGCAUGCCCACCUACAGCUACUCAUGUUCAUCCAGCUAAUAUUCAUCACCAUAACUCUGAGCACAGAAGUUCUCUGAAGCAUGCUCAGCACAAUGAAAAUGAAGAGAGUAGCCAUUCAGACUGUGAACCUAAACCAAAGCCAAAGCCGGUUAGUUUGCGUCAUGCAAUUGCCACCGUAGUGAUAACUGGAGUUGUCUGUGGAAUUGUAUGUCUAAUGAUGUUGGCAGCUGCUGUGUAUGGUUGUGCCUACGCUGCAAUUACUGCUAAAUACCACAGAGAAAACUUGGCCCCAGUAACAGAGCAGGGGAGUUCUGAGGAAAAAGAGCCAUUUGAUAGUUCCUUGGCUUAAGUUACUUUUGACCUUUGGUUUCACUCAAGUAAGACUCCUCAUUUCAGUCAGAAGCUUAGUGUCAAAUAGGACUGAUUUACUUGUUACUCCUGUAUUUGCUUUUUCCACAUUAAAAAAGUUUUUGUAAAAUAGAAGUUCAUUCCUGGGAAAUGAUUGAUGUUGAGAGGUUAAUCAGAUGAAAUAAAUAUUUUUUUGUGCAUGCAUACAUUCUGAAGUAUUACCUGAGGACGUGAGUUUGAGAUUAAUUAAAUCUUUAUGGUACCACUUUAAAAAUUUCUGUUCAACAUCAACUAUUCCCUUGUGUAACAUUAAUUCAAUAUAUUGCAAUUAGAGACAGUCACUAGAUAUCACAAGUGAGAUUUCUCGAAUGGAAAAAACAAAGCAAUUUUAAAUGUCUUGGUAAACCUUGCCUAAUACAUACCUAAUGAACAUGCCACAAUAACCUUUAAGUACAGGCCAUGCUACAUAGUAGUAGAAUUGGCCAAAAUGUUCACUCCAAGUAAAUGACCCAGCAAUUUUUCUAAACAAAUAAUCUGCAAGCACAUUUUCCCCUAUUCAACCUUCUUGACUAGUUAAACAUCUUAAUGUAGCAUCCACCACGUAGUUUUUAAGAUGUAAAAUCCAUAAUUAACUAUAGCAAUUCAGGUCUAGGCCAUAUCCAAAGAAAGAAACAUCGUUCUCUUACUUGGGGAACAGUAAACAGGUGUGGGGAUGAUGGGGCAAGAUGGAAGAGAAAGGUUGCAUCACAGCAUUAUGAAACAAGAAUUUGAGAAAGGGCAUUGAUAAAAUAUAACAAAAUAUACACAUAGAAGCUACCCUUUAUUCCUCAACAAAAGACUAAUACACAUAACCACCACAGAGACUUCUCAUUAUCUUAAUUCGUAAAACUUCAAUUUGGCAACAUUCAUAACAGGAAUAACAAUGGAUUUGGUACUGAAAUUAAUAUAAUUGUGUGUUUGCAUAGUCUCAUUUUUUUUCUGAUGGCUGGUUAGAUUCCCCAGAGAGUCUAACCUAGCAGAGUGUUCCAGCAGCAGAAAGUUUGCUGUAAGAGGAAGUUGCAGCCACAAAAUCCUCAACACCAGAAGGGAAAGGAUAUCCUUAAACUGCAGAAACAUUUUUCACAUAAAAUAUUUGAUUAGGGAGCUCACUGCACCAUUUAAAUCUAGCAUUAGAUUAUUAUAAUAGGUACAUCUACAUUUUCUAGCCUGGAUUUCAUUUUCAGAAUUAGCAUUUUGCAACAAAAAAGGAAGCUCUUCUUAACUAGGGUAGUAAUACAAGGGUAUUGGAUAGAAUUUUACCAUCAGUGCACUAAAUCAAAAGCCUGAGUGCCAAACCAGUCAAAGGCCUUUUACACAUUUACACACACACGUCACCCAUGCAAUCAGAAUGCAGAUGUAAAGCUGAAAUGUUUUAAAGCUCCAAUUGAUUUCAGUGGAGCCAGGAUUUCACAGACAGUGAUCCCAGUAACCUAGGACUCAAAAGUGGCACUUUAAAGUACAAAUACCCUCAGAUUUCCAAGAGGUUAUCCUGCAAAGAGAGACCAGACAUGAAAUUCUUGAUAUUUUUAAAGUUAAAAAAAGGAAGCAGAGCCUCUGCAGUGCUCAGCCCUUACAAAACUCAUACCAACCUACCAAAAACACUUACACCCUCUUCCUAAAGCAGCAAAAAAGACAUAAAAUGAUUUUUAAAUAUCUUUAUUAGGGAGCUUUUAAGUUGCUUUGGGCAUUUCCAUGUGAAAUUCUGCCAUAAAGCCAGAUCAUUCUUACUUCCAUUAAUGCAUUCUUUUGUGUGACUAGAGCAGGUCAAUCCAUACUAAAUGUGUCACAUACAUUCUAACAGGCUGUAUGUUCAAAAUGCAGAAACAUCACAUUAUGUUUUGAAAAAAUUGUAGAGAUUUAUAAAUUCAGCCCAUGGUUGCCACAAACAGCCAUUUAAGAUGAUAAUGUUUACUAACAUUUUAAAUGUCAGCAGACUUUCAAUAGAGAAAAGUAUAGAGCCAAUCAUUUAAAUUAACAAAUGCAAACUUAUAAUUUUGCAAUAAGAAAAAUGUAAUGUUUAACUGUAAAAAUAAA